AUGGCUUGUACUGAGAACGGGCUUGGAGGGCAUAGCCGUUCAUCCAUAAUGGUACCUGUGGACAAAAAUGGAAUCAGGGAGGCUCGUCACAAUGUGCCGCUCCGGUGUCUGAAUUACAUGCUGAAGGAUGAUGAAGACGAUGCAGAGAUCUGGGGCCACCCUCCUGUCUCCCUGAGACCCUCGUUCACGGUGGCGAGAGCAGGAGUCCGCAUUCCUGAAAAUCCAAGAGCUCUGAGAUACCCUUUCACACUAACACCUGCUAUUGAGGAAGAGUCCCUAGCAACAGCAGAAGUAAACAGCUCAGAGGGCCUAGAGAGUCAGAGUAAGAAGGGACAUGAUUCUAUUAAUAUGUCCCCGGAAGUCUCUGGAAGCCCGAUGGCACUUAUGAUCGGAGGCCCAAGAGUUGGUAGUGGGGUUCUUGAGAGAAGUGGCAAUAGCUCAAAGCCAUAUAUGCCUGUGCCUAGAUCCCAAGAGUUCUUUCCACCAAGGGGCCCACAGACACGGGGCCCUCCAUAUGUCCCCACCCUUAGAUCAGGGAUAAUGAUGGAGGUGACUCCAGGAAAUGUUAGAAUGUCAUACAAGGGCAGCCUGGCUCAUGUAUCUUUCCCACUGGGAAGCCCAAGGCACCCUAUGGAUAACUGGCAGCAGAGACCUCUCCAUUUGUCAACCAGUGUUCCAGGCUUACCUUGCUCUACUGCUCAUUGCUUCAUGCCACCUCAACCUCCAGCAUUCAAUCCAUUUCCUGUGAUGCCUACUCCUUUUGCUUCUCCAUGGGAUUUGUUUCCUCCUCUGCCUUACUUUUUUCAUUAUAACACUCGAGCAAUGCACCCUCCUCCAUACUUAAACUAG